CAACAAUCAAGAUUUUGUUUUGUUAAAACAUUCUUCAUUAUUUUUUUUAUACCCUCGCGCGUGUGUUCAGCACAAAAAGCUAUCAACAAUGGUCAGUCUAAUUAAGAGUUACAAAAGUAAACCAAAAGAUGCCUCGUCUUCUUCAUUAAUGUCAAAAUCCGAAGUGUCAGCGUCGGAACUUUCUUACCUCAAAGCAGAAGUAUGGUCAUUACAAAAUAAAUUGAGAGACGAGAAGAUUAAUACGAGUAAUCUGAGUGAAUCUUUUAGGACGGUAGCUAAUGAAAAGUAUGAAUUACUUGAUGAACUGACUCGACAUAAUUUAUUGAUUGCUGAACUUUAUGACAAGCUUGAUCAUGAAAGAGAAAUCAAUAACAUCCUCAUGAAUGAAAUAGAAGAACUACAGGAACAAAUUGAUAAGAAUCAGACUAUUAUGGAACAAGCUGUUAUUCAAAAUGUAGAACUAAAAAGAGGUCUGAUUGAGGCAAAUGAAACGAUUCAUCAAAUGGGUUUAGUCUAUCUAAAAUUAAAGGAAUAUAGCCCUUGACAUUUUCGUACUGAACUGAGCUGAGCUGAAGUGAGGUUAAAGUAUAAGAAGUAAAAAUAAAAAGGAAAAAUCAAAAAAGUGCGAUAAAAAAUAAAAUAAAGGAAUUUUCACUGUCUGCUUCCUUGAUAACGCUUUUG